AUGCAACACGCGCCGACGCCGAGCAGCAGCGCUGUCACCGCCCCACAGCAGCAGCAGUUAAACUCCAAAAGUGGCAGUAGCAACAAAAAGACCACGGGCAGUACACAGAAUCGAUGUCAGCCUUCAGCCACUGCAAAAGCCAGCGACGACGAGGAUGACGACAUUCAGAACUAUGUUGCCUUGGCAGUCCCACUCCUGCACGUGCUGCAGCAGCAACAGACGGUGCGGGCCGCGGCGGUGGCGCUGCAGAUGACGCGGCGGUGGGGCGACAAGGCGGGGCCGGCGGCCGAACUAUUAAAGGUGCUGAGCAGCAUGGAGUCGGAGGGUGUUGAAGGCGACGGCGAGGGUGAGGACGAAGAGAGUGAAGAUGUGGUGGAAGAAGAGGAGGNGGAGGAGGAUUCUGAGAGCAGCAGCAGCAGCAGCAGCCAUAGCGACAGUACUGUAAAGGCCGAUGGUGAGGGUGAUGUGAUGGCGGCGCUCAGUCACCUCAUCGAGCGCAUGCCGGAGGUGGUGCAUGAAACGCAAGCGAGUAGAGGCACAACAGCAGCCUCAUCGAGCGAAACGGUGGCGGCGACAGACGGCAUUACAGACGAGGAGAGUGAAACGGAGGAGGAACGGCGUAUCUUCAACGGUAUUGCGAACGCCGUGCAGCGCGAAAUGCAACGACUGGCGAUUAUACGGAAGCAUCGCUGA